GCGAGCGCAAACAACAAGAGACAAGAAGGAGAUUAUGAGCAGUGCUGCGGAGCGGGUGGUGGUGGAGGAUGGAGCGGUGGUGUUGGCCACGGUGGUGCGUGGUGUGAAGAACAUGGGCGAGGUGCUGAAGGGCGUCCGCAGCGGCGCGUUGCAGGCAUGCUUUAUCAAGGCCAGCAUGGUCCCCGACUUGUUCGUGGCCGCCGUUGCAGCCAGGCAUGCGCUGGAAGCACAAAAGGCUGAGAACAUGACAACCCGCAACGUCAACACAGAAAUCCUCUACUCCCUCUACCCCGGCAGACAGAUCACAACUGCGUUUGCGACCUUGGGUCCAGCAGAGACAGACACAGACGUGCUAGUCAUGGUACUGGCCACCAGUGACAAGGACGACUCCCAGCUAAGCCAAGUACUGGAUGCUAUUGAUGGCACCGUUGCACCAGUGUCUGAGUUGCAUGAGCUGUAUGAUGCUGCAGCCAUCGCAAAGCUGUAUGGCAUCAAAUGCGAAGGAAGGCCCGUGGACGACAUUGUCAACGACGUUGUGACUAAGAUGGCCCUGAAAGGACUGCGGAAAUGACGACAAGCACUGCAACUGACAUGGCCACACACACACACACACACAGACACACACACUUGAGUUGCUGCUAGUUGACUGGUCGCAGUUGACUGUUUGGCUGUACAUAUGGUUCAUCCAUGCACCCACUAGGCUGCAUCAACUCAGGGAGAGGGAGAGCAGGGCGUGUUGUAUCCAAACACAUCUGGCCGCCGUGGCUCGGGAGGGAGAGGUCAGGAUGAAGUGAGCAUUCUUUGCGACGUGAAUAAAGUAACUGCACCGCAA